UUGAUUAAAAAAAAAAACGAAAAUAAGCACAGCAGCGUGCACACAUCGAACACACCUCUCUCUCACCAGUCCAGCGACCCAGCCCCGAAAACAACACCACUACUCACGCAGCCACCCAUCUUCAUCCUCUAUCUUCGCUAGCCACUGACCACCACAACGCCAACCACCCAAACCCUCUAUCUCCACCCGAGCCUCCAAACCAGCAGCCCCUUUUUCCCUUGCCACGAGAAACGACAAUCUCUCUCUCCCGUGAGCCCUCGCCAGCAGCAACCCCAUCGAUAGCAGCAAACGUCAACAGCCCUUAAGCUACCGACAGCCCAUUUCAACCCAAAUUCUCAUCGGAGACCACCUCUUUCAACGCCAGCCACCACAGUCACGCCGAACACAGAACCACCAGCUCACCACGCCAACAAAACCACGAGCCUCGUCAGCAACCCCACCAUCAAUGGCGACAGCCGCGUGAUGAAGAAGGAGAAAGGCCGAUAAAGAUUGACCCUGCCACCGUUAUCGGCUGGUGGUGCACUGCACCUUCAUCUUCGGUUCGACGAGGUAGAGAAGAUCACGAUCCAUAAUCUAACGCGCCGGAUCCCUCGCCGGAGACUCACCGCCGACGGUGGCAGUUGGCCAGAGCUUUCAUCCAGGUUUCGAGGGAUGAAGGUGGCUGAGAAAGUCGAGGAAAUCAAUGACGCAAGUAGCAUAAACAACUGCUAAGAUUAAAACGGUAUGUUUUGAAUGUGUCACUCCUCUUUGAGGUUCCUGUUAUGCAACCGGGUCUCUCAGUUAUCUCUCUCUCUCUCUCUGCUUUUUGGUGCGGUCACAGAAGAGAAAAACAAAAUCAUAAAACAGUUGCUGUAUAAAAGAAAGACAUUAAAUGGACAGCAAAACUACAUUAGAAUCAGAGUCUGGCUUCACGAGGCCAUGGCUGCAAAGAAAAUAAUAGCUAUAUGCCAGUCAGGUGGGGAGUUUGUGACAAAUGUAGAUGGAUCGUUGUCAUAUAAUGGUGGUGAUGCUUACGCGAUCGACAUUGAUCAGCAAACCCUGCUGAGUGAUUUCAAAUCUGAAGUAGCAGAACUUUUCAAUUGUAGUGCUGAUAUCAUGUCAAUAAAGUACUUUCUUCCUGGGAAUAGAAGGACCCUUAUUACAAUAUCCAAAGACAAGGAUCUACAGCGUAUGGUUAAUUUUCUUGGGGAUUCAUCCACAGUUGAUGUCUUCCUUUUAUUGAAGGAUGUUGCGGCUUGCAAUGUAUCAAACAUCUCUGCUAGUAGGUCAAGCAGGACUACUGUAUCGGAAGCUGUGAUUCCUGUCGAAGCUCCUAUUGAUGUUGCUGUUGAUAUGGCCCAUACUGUUGGUGGGUUUGAUAUGGAUUUGUCCAAUGGAGAUCCUAUAUCCUGUAUACCUAUCGGAGUCAUCGAUGACAAGCAACGUAAAGCUGCACAACAGUGGGAGAACACGAUUACUGGUGUUGAUCAAAGGUUUAAUAGCUUCACUGAAUUCCGCGAAGCUUUGCACAAGUACUCAAUUGCACAUGGGUUUGCUUACAGAUAUAAGAAAAAUGACAGUCACCGUGUUUCUGUCAAAUGUAAAACCCAAGGUUGUCCAUGGAGGAUAUAUGCAUCAAGGUUGUCAACCACACAAUUAAUUUGCAUUAAAAAAAUGAACCCAAAUCAUACAUGUGAAGGAGCAGCUGUGAAAGCUGGGUAUCGUUCGACAAGGGGUUGGGUGGGAAGUAUCAUAAAGGAGAAAUUGAAAGUUUCCCCAAACUACAAGCCAAAGGAUAUUGCAGAUGACAUCAAACGAGAGUAUGGAAUUCAACUGAAUUAUUCUCAGGCAUGGCGUGCAAAAGAGAUUGCCAGGGAGCAGCUUCAAGGCUCCUAUAAAGAGGCAUAUAAUCAGUUACCUUUCUUUUGUGAGAAGAUAAAGGAGACUAAUCCAGGCAGUAUAGCUACGUUCUCCACAAAAGAUGACUCAAGCUUUCAUCGUCUCUUUGUGUCAUUUCAUGCAUCAAUAUCUGGUUUUGAUCAAGGUUGCCGUCCUCUCAUUUUCCUUGACAGCAUUCCUUUAAACUCAAAAUACCAAGGGACACUGUUGGCUGCUACUGCUGCAGAUGCAGACGAUGGAAUUUUUCCUAUAGCAUUUGCUGUAGUUGAUGCUGAAACAGAGGACAACUGGCUUUGGUUUUUAUUGGAACUGAAGUCUGCAGUCUCUGCAUCUCGCCAGAUCACAUUUGUGGCAGAUUUUCAAAAUGGUUUGAAGAAAUCAUUAGCUGAGAUAUUUGAUAAAUGCUACCACAGCUAUUGCUUACGCCGUCUUGCAGAGAAACUAAAUAAAGACUUGAAAGGCCAGUUUUCUCAUGAAGCAAGACGUUUCAUGGUUAAUGAUUUUUAUGCUGCUGCUUAUGCACCCAGACUUGAGGGAUUCCAGCGCUCUGUAGAAAAUAUAAAGGGUAUAUCCCCUGAAGCUUACAAUUGGGUUGUACAAAGCGAGCCUGAGCACUGGGCAAAUGCAUUCUUUGGAGGGGCAAGGUAUGAUCAUAUGACAUCAAACUUUGGACAACAGUUCUACAAUUGGAUAUCAGAGGCACAUGAGUUGCCAAUAACACAAAUGGUCGAUGCAUUAAGAGGUAAGAUGAUGGAAGCAAUUUAUACUCGCCGGGUGGAAUCAAAUCAAUGGAAAACUAAGUUAACCCCAUCAAAGGAGGAAAAAUUAGAAAAGGAAAUGUCAAUUGCAAGGUCACUUCAAGUGUUACUCUCCCAUGGAAGCACAUUUGAAGUUCGCGGGGAAUCUGUAGAUGUUGUUGAUAUUGAUCAUUGGGACUGUAGCUGCAAGGGAUGGCAACUAACUGGUUUGCCCUGCUGCCAUGCUGUUGCGGUCUUUGAAUGCAUUGGCCGAAGUCCAUAUGAUUAUUGCUCCAGAUACUUCACAACCGAGAGUUACCGCUUAUCGUAUGCUGAGUCGAUUCAACCUGUUCCAAAUGUUGACCGACCAGUGCAGGGUGAAUUAACUGAGGCGGGAGUUAUUGUAACCCCUCCACCAACUAAGCGUCCACCUGGCCGGCCAAAGACAAAGCAGGCUGAAUCAACUGAUAUUAUAAAGCGUCAGCUUCAGUGUAGUAAAUGCAAGGGCCUUGGCCACAAUAAGAAGACAUGCAAAGAAUCUUAGCAUACAUAGAUCGUAGGUAAAGUAGUUGUUUCCUUUUCGUAAGUAUCCCACACUAACUUUUUUGACAAUUUUAGAUGGCAAUCUGUUCACAUGUUUUUGUAUGCACCGAUUGUUGAAAAGCAUCAUAUUUUGCUUA